GGGCACUCGAUCUACGGUUUCUGGAGCCAGAAAGUUAGUUCCUGCUCUUCCCUGGCCGUUUCCUGUAAUCGUACAGUGUUGUGAGACGGAGAAAGCCAUGUGUGUCGAUGCAAAGUUAUUUACUUAACUUUGAGACGAACUGGAGGACAACUUUUGAGCAUCCCUCUUGGAGUGUCAGCUAGGUUGUGCCCAUCUCCCUGUGUGGAGAGGGCAAGAUGGCCGACCCCAUCAUGGACCUGUUUGAGGACACACCCCUGUUUAACCUUGAUGCUCUCCCAGAUGACUCCUUCUCUCAGGGCUCUUCAGACCCGGUGGAGGAAGCACUUAAACUGGCUUUGGGCCAGGUGGACCCACCAGCUGAGUCGGAGUCCAUGUCUGAACUUACACUUGGUGCAGCCUUUGGUAUUCCUGGAACAACAACCGCCAUCUCAGAACCUGUUCCCGUCCAGCUCCCCACACAGCAGUCCCUGCAAAUGACCCCUGCUCAGACUUUGUCCAUGGCCAUAGCUCCCUCUACACCCUCAGUUUCUUCCCCUGUUGAGACUGUACCGCAGAUGCAGACCCAGACCACAAUACCGAUUGCCAGUAACACCAGUGGGGCAGCUACUAGCAAUGUGCUGCUGAGUGCACCUCUUACUGCCUGCAGCUCUCCAGCCACAACAGUCACCACACAGCAGCUCGCACAGAUCACGCAUCAGCUUACUCCGCAGCAAUUAGCUGCAAUCACACAGCAGGCUGGUGGGAAGAUUGUCAUUCUCAAAGGUCCCCAGGGUCAAGCGCAAGUGCUGCAGACUGUAUCAGGAGCUACAUGCUCUACUACUGGCAAGGUUAUCCGUGUGAUUUCUGGCACACCUCUCAGAUCUGGCAUGUCAAUACUGUCUGGGGGUUCUGUGUUAAAUCAGACCAGUCCCGGCCAAGCUCAGGUCAAGGUGGGUACUACAGGGGUACAGAGGUUGGUGCAGUCUCCCAAUGGACCAGUAAAGCAGGUACUACUGACGUCCAUGCCUCAGCAGGUACAGCAGACACAAGGCCAGCCAGUUCAGAUGCAGAUCCCAGCCCAGACACAGUUGGGUCAAGGGCAGACUCAAGUCCAUAUCCAGCCCCAAGGUCAGGUUGCUCAGAUCCAGGGCCAGGCUACACAGAUCCAGGUCCAACCACAGGGCCAGGCUGCUCAGAUACAAGUCCAAUCUCCAACCCAGGUCCAACUUCAGCCAGCUAUGCAGGCCCAGACACAGUGUGGUGAAGCAAAGCGGAUCACCCUGGUUCUCCAGCAGCCGUCCCAGACAGGCACUGCUACUGCCCAAGGUCAAGCUGUUACAACCCAGCAACAAGUCACACAGGUCCAGCAAGUUCAGACAGCUCAAGGAGGGCAACAGCAACAGGCCCAAGCAAGACUGGUCCUGGGCCAACUCCCAGGUGGGAAACUGGUGCUCCAAGGAAGCCAACUAGCAGCCCUUGCUCAGGCUCGGGCUGCAGCUCAGGCUGGAGGGCAACCAAAAGUGCUCACAAUCCAACUGCAGGUCCAACAGCCUAAUCAGCAAGGAGGAGUUAAGUACCAGCUGGUUUCAGGUGCUGGCAACACUGGUAACCCGCAGGUGUUGCAGAUCUCCCAAGGCCAAGGUGGACAAAGAGUUGGUGUGCCAUUCAAAAUGGUUCUACAGCCACAGGCAAGUUCAGCAUCUUCAGCCAGUGGCACAGUGUCUGUGGUAAAGGUUAUCAACUCAACGGCUGGUCCCUCUGUCACAACCACCAGUUCUUCACAGGCUAUUCGAAUCACCAAGUCCCCUGGCGAUCCUGCCUCUGUACGACGAGUAGAGAUCCUCUGCAAACAAGAGAAGGCAAAUCGUAUUGUGGCUGAAGCCAUAGCCCGGGCCAAAGCACGGGGUGAGAAGAACCUCCCCAGAGUAUUAAACCAGGAUGAGCUACCAAACACCCAGACUUCUCCAGAAAUGGGGGGCACUAUGGCGUUGGUGUCUCUUGCCAAGAAAAAGUCCAGCGGGGGAGGGAGCAAGAAGAAAAACCCUUUAGUUGGAGGAUCUGUACCAAAGGUUGGUGGAGUCGCUGAGAAGAAAUGCAAGGUGAAAACUGGAACAGUUGGAGUGGCUAGUGGCACAAUAAUAAUUGGGGGUGGCAACAAGAACAAAAGCAAGACUAAAACAAACACCAUUACUUUAGUCGGAGCAAAGAAAAGAAAGAGGAACACUUCUUCAGAUCACUCUGAUGGAGAGCUGAGCCCUGCCUCGCCUGCUGCUCUCGAGGAGGACAUGAUCAUGAAACGGCGGUCCAACCGUGUGGUUAAAAGGAAGAAAUAUACUGAAGAUCUGGAUAUCAAAAUCACGGAUGAUGAAGAGGAACAAGAAGAUAUAGAUGUAACGACAACUGCAGCAGCUGUGGCCUCAAUCAGCGGAGCACCCACUGUGCAGUUUAAACCAGAAAUGGAGAUGAUAGAUGGUGAUGGGCUACCCAGCUUACAGUUCUUCGUGGAAAACCCAAGUGAGGAAGACGCUGCGAUUGUAGACAAAGUUUUGUCUAUGAGGUUAACAAAGAAGGAAGUUUCUCCAGGCCAAUACACAAAUGCAGAGGAGUUCUUUGUGAAAUACAAGAACUAUUCCUACUUGCACUGUGAGUGGGCAAGUUUGGAGCAGCUUGAGAAAGACAAGAGGAUCCAUCAAAAAAUCAAGAGAUUCAAGACCAAGCAUGCGCAGAUGAGACACAUUUUCCAUGAGGAUGAGGAGCCAUUCAACCCGGACUACGUGGAGGUUGACCGGAUCCUAGAUGUGUCCCAUAGUGUCGAUAAGGACAAUGGCGAGCCGGUUAUCUACUACUUGGUGAAGUGGUGCUCUCUGCCUUACGAAGAUGCUACUUGGGAGUUGAAAGAGGAUGUGGACGAAGGCAAAAUUGAAGAGUUUCUCAAAAUUCAAAACAGACAACCUCGUUUGAAAAGAACGUCAAGGCCCCAACCUUCUGCAUGGAAGAAGUUGGAGGAGUACAGAGAAUACAAAAAUGGGAACACACUGAGAGAAUAUCAGUUGGAGGGGGUCAACUGGCUGCUGUUCAACUGGUAUAACAGGCAAAACUGUAUCCUGGCAGAUGAGAUGGGUCUUGGGAAGACCAUCCAGUCUAUUGCCUUGCUGUCAGAGGUGUAUGGUGCGAACAUCCAGGGUCCAUUCCUGGUCAUUGCUCCCCUCUCCACUAUUACCAACUGGGAGAGGGAGUUUUCUACAUGGACUAACAUGAAUGCCAUCGUCUACCAUGGCAGUCUGGCCAGCCGACAGAUGAUCCAGCAGUACGAGAUGUACUGCAAGGAUGAGAAGGAUCAUUUGAUCCCCGGAGCUUACAAGUUUGAUGCUCUUAUCACGACAUUUGAGAUGGUGCUGUCUGACUGCCCAGAGCUGAGGGAAAUCUCAUGGCGUUGUGUAAUCAUUGAUGAAGCUCACCGUCUCAAGAAUCGCAACUGUAAGCUGUUGGACAGUUUGAAGAUGCUGGACUUGGAACACAAAGUGUUGCUGACAGGCACUCCACUCCAGAACACUGUGGAGGAACUCUUUAGUCUUCUUCAUUUCCUUGAGCCUGCACAGUUCCCCUCUGAAAUAGAGUUCCUCAGAGAUUUUGGAGACCUCAAAACAGAGGAACAGGUUCAGAAACUGCAGGCCAUCUUGAAACCUAUGAUGUUACGACGACUGAAAGAAGAUGUUGAGAAGAAUCUGGCUCCUAAGCAGGAAACCAUCAUUGAGGUCGAGCUGACAGAUGUCCAGAAAAAAUACUACCGGGCCAUCCUGGAGAGGAACUUCAGCUUCCUCAGUUUGGGGGCAAACAGCAACAGCAAUGUCCCCAACCUGCUCAACACUAUGAUGGAACUGCGCAAGUGCUGCAACCACCCCUACCUCAUCAAUGGUGCAGAAGAGAAGAUAGUAGCGGAGUUGCGGGAGGUGUAUGACCCUGUGGCCCCUGACUUCCAUUUGCAGGCUCUAAUUAGAUCGGCUGGUAAACUGGUGCUACUGGACAAACUGUUGCCACGCCUUAAGGCUGGUGGCCACAAAGUGCUCAUCUUUUCCCAGAUGGUGCGCUGCUUAGACAUCUUAGAGGACUACCUCAUCAACAAGAGAUACCUUUACGAACGGAUUGAUGGCAGAGUACGAGGAAAUCUGCGACAGGCCGCCAUUGAUCGCUUCAGCAAGCCUGAUUCUGAUCGUUUUGUCUUCCUGCUGUGCACACGUGCAGGUGGCCUCGGUAUUAACCUGACUGCUGCUGACACCUGUGUUAUAUUUGACUCUGACUGGAACCCUCAAAAUGACCUGCAGGCCCAAGCACGGUGCCACCGUAUUGGUCAGUCUAAAGCAGUCAAGGUGUACCGUCUGAUUACCAGGAAUUCCUAUGAAAGAGAAAUGCUUGACAAAGCAAGUCUCAAGCUUGGCCUGGACCGUGCCGUCCUGCAGAGCAUGAGUGGCAACAAGGAGAGCAAUGUCAAUGGAAUCCAGCAGUUUUCCAAGAAGGAGAUUGAGGACCUCCUGAGGAAAGGAGCCUAUGCUGCCAUCAUGGAUGAAAAUGAUGAGGGCAGUCGCUUCUGUGAGGAGGACAUUGACCAGAUCCUGCAGCGUAGGGCCACUACUAUCACCAUUGAGAGCGAGGGAAAGGGCUCUACAUUCUCCAAAGCCAGCUUUGUAGCCUCAGAGAAUCGCACUGACAUUGCCCUUGAUGACCCAGAGUUUUGGCAGAAGUGGGCCAAGAAAGCUGACAUUGACAUCGACUCCAUGAACCGAAAGAACACCCUUGUGAUCGACACACCUCGAAUACGCAAGCAAACCCGUCAGUUCUCCAGUUUGCGAGGUGAGGGUGGAGACCUGUCUGAUCUAGACAGUGAUGACGAAUAUCCACCUGCUAGUUCUAGACAGUCACGUGCUUCCCGGCGAUCAGAUCGCCAAAGUGGAGGAGGUUAUGGACGGACAGACUGUUUUCGGGUGGAGAAACAUCUACUUGUUUAUGGUUGGGGUCGCUGGAGGGACAUCUUGUCCCAUGCCAGAUGUAAGCGUCGUCUAAGUGAGCGUGACGUGGAGACUAUCUGUCGUGUCAUCCUGGUCUUUUGUCUGAUCCACUACCGUGGAGAUGAGAACAUUAAGAGCUUUAUAUGGGAACUUAUCACACCCCCAGAGAAUGGGCGUGAGCCACAAACACUACUGAACCAUUCUGGCUUGUCUAUCCCUGUACCAAGAGGUAGGAAGGGUAAAAGGGUGAAGGCCCAGAGCACAUUUGAUGUACAAAAGGUGGAAUGGAUCCGCAAGUACAACCCAGACACCCUGCUGCUUGAUGACAGCUACCGCAAACACCUGAAGCACCAGUGCAACAAGGUGUUGCUAAGGGUGCGCAUGCUCUACUACUUGAAACAGGAGGUGAUUGGUGAACAUGCAGACUCUGUCCUGAAAGGGGCUUACAUCAGGGAUGUUGACAUCUGGAUGCCUGAAAUGGAGCAGCAGGAAGUGCCUGUUGGAUGGUGGGAUGCUGAGGCAGACCGCUCUUUGCUUGCUGGUGUAUUCAAACAUGGUUAUGAGAUGUACACACAUCGGGCUGAUCCCUGCCUCUGCUUCCUUGAAAGAGCUGGCCGGCCUGAUGACAAGGCCAUCGAUGCUGAGCAGCACACGGGUGAUAAUGAACUGGGAGAUGAUGCUGAUUUUGACAAGUACUCUGAAGACCCGGAGUUCAAGCCUGCAUCAAGACACACCAAAGAUCUGUAUGAGGAGCCUGACUCUGUGAAUGCAGAUGAUGAGGUUGCUGUUGAGGAUAAGGCGGAGCCGGUGGCCCUAGAAACCACGUCCAACCAGAGUGGUGCGACUAACUGGCCAUCUAGCUCGUCACUUACAGCACGGCUGCGGCGACUCAUCACAGCUUACCAGCGCAGCUACCGGCAGGAGCAACUAAAGAUUGAAGCUGAGGCAAAAGGGGACCGCCGGCGUCGACGGUGUGAACAGGCCAGCAAACUGAAGGAAAUUGCAAGGCAGGAACGCCAGCAGAGGUGGACACGUAGGGAAGAAUGUGAUUUCUACCGGGUGGUAUCAACGUUUGGUGUGGAGAAGAAAAAGGAGCCAGGCUUUCCUGAAUGCGGGGACCUCGAAUUUGACUGGACCCGCUUCCGUACAUUUGCUCGUCUGGACAAAAAAACUGACGAGAGUUUGAGUCGAUACUUCCGUUCCUUCAUCACCAUGUGCCGGAGGGUUUGCCACUUACGCUCUGGUCGCAGUGAAGAUCCAUCAGAACAUUCCCAGACUGUGGCCCCCAUCACUGAGGAGCGCGCAUCCCGGACUCUUUACCGCAUAAGUCUGCUGCGUCGCCUUCGUGAGCGAGUCCUUCCCCACCCCUCCCUAGAGGAGCGUCUGCCACUUGCCCCAAUGGGCUCGGAGCUGCCCACAUGGUGGAGAAUCCCAGAACACGAUCGAGACCUGAUGCUGGGUGCUGCACUGCAUGGUGUCAGCCGUACAGAGCUCUCAAUCUUCGCAGACUCACAGUUCACAUUCAGUCACGCCCGAGAAGAGUUCAUACAGAGCCAGCAUGCGCCGCCUCCUCCCCCACCCCAACUGCAGCCCCUGAUGGCUCUCAGCCAUCCAGAGACUGAGGAAGAAGAGUCCGGUGUGAAGCUGGAGAGACCAGUAGACUUCCCACUCUUGCGGGGAGUCGACAUCAAUGCUCGCCUACAGAGCACACCCUUAAGUCACCAUGACAACAAGUCUCAAGAGCAGAACUGGAGCUACAAGAGUAGUGGAGGAAUGGGAGCUGCUGAAGGGGGUCAGAAGAGGGAAGGUGAGGGUGGGUCAGAUUCGGAUUCGGAUUCUGAUUCAGGCUCAUCGUCCUCUGAGCGGUCAGGCAGCAGUGAUGAAAGUGGAGAGAGUGAAGAUGAAGUAGAAGGAGCUGAUAUGAAGAUGUGUGAUGGGGAUGAAGGCAACAACUUGCUGUCAAUAACUCAAUCACAAGAUGGCAUUCCACCACCUGACCCUCUCAGAGUUGACUGGCCCAAGGACCGUGUGUUGAUCAACCGUCUGGACAGUUUAUGUACGUUGGUGCUGACUGGCCAGUGGCCCUCAGGGCGGCGCUACUUUUCAGAGGCUCAGUUUAACGCGGGAUCACAGCUGGUGGGAGAUGACCUGGCCUGCACAAGGACGAUCCGCAAACCAAGUACAAUGCUGAGUGGUUCUGUGGCAGAUGGAGAAGACGGAGAGUUCACAGUUAAACUCCUGAAGGAGGAGGGACUGAAGUUGACUUUCUCCAAGCAGACUUUGCUGCCCAAUGGGUCAGGUGGAGAGAGCAGCAUCCGUAAGCGCCGCAAGGACCAAGAGAUGUCAGACCCAGAUGGAGCCCAUGACCUACUGGAGCGUACUCCUCGCCGCAGGGAUCCUCCGACCUGGCUAAAGCAGAACCCAGAUUAUGAAGUGGAGGGAGAUAUGUUGGAGCUUCUUGUGAAUAGGAGCAAAAGGAAGCGGAGGAGGAGGGCCAACAGAGCUAUAACAGGCAGUGAGAAGGUCAAAGUUAUUAACAUAAGGACAGGAAAAAAGGUUGGAGCAGCUUUUUGUCCGAUGCUGCAAGACCUGAGGGAAUAUCUGGAGGAAAAUCCUGAUAAUGCUGUAGCACCAGAGUGGUCGGAAACUGUUCGAAAUUCUGGCUUUUUACCAGAGACUCUCUUCCACCGACUGCUGACUGAGCACACACAGAUCCCCAAAAAAAUCAGACACCGCCAUUACCACCAUCAUCACCACCAUCAUCAUCACCACCACCACCACAGUCCAGAGCCCUCCACAGAGGACACCAACUUGGAUGGCAUUGAAGAGGAGACUCUGGUCUCAGAUGGAGCCUACAUGAUGGAUGAGGAGGACCUGGAGCCCUCCCAUCACUUCCUUACCAGCCCAGACUUUGAUAUUAAAAUGGAGGGCGGAGACAGCCUCUCCCAAGACUAUGACAGCUCGGAUCAAGAAGCUCUAUUGGACGAUGUCAUCUUAGCACAGAAGGACUCUGACUCUUCAUCUAGCUCAGAGGAUUGACUGACCUCCACUCCUCACACACCUCUGACUCAGUCCCCUUUCAUGAAAUGAAUCAUGUUAGUCUGUAUUCUUUUCUCCUUUUUUAUCCAUAUUAUGUAUGAAAAAUGGAGGAUUUUUUUAUUUUAUUUUUUUAAUGUGGGCAUUUUUUCCCUCACUGGGAAAGAAAGAGUUGCACACACUUUUUUUUUUAAUAUAUAUACUUUUUCUUUUUUCCUCCUGAUUUUCAGACUUCCAUUCUGCCUUGUUCUCUGCAGUUCUCCUCUCUCCAGUGUGGGACAUAAUGUUCCAAAGUUGAACUUUGGCACAUUAUGACUUAUCAUUCUCAUCUUCUUACUGUAGAUAUAUACAUUUCUGUCACAUUCCCAGCCGUGACCAAAAGGGGAACCCUGCUGUACAGAUGCUCUUUUUCUUAAUCUAAACAAACCUUGAUGCUGGUCCUCUCGUGCUACAGAAAACUGGACGUGCAAUGAGGAGAGACUGAAUCCACGUCCCACAGUUCCCCCGGUCUUGUUUGGCCAUGUUCUUUGUGUCCAGAUGAGUCUGUGAACUAUUAGGGGGGGUUCACUGUGUGGAAGUACUGUUAUAGUUUUCACUUUGAUGGGGUGGGGAGGGGGGUGGGCAUAAUGGUUACUGAGUCCAUGCUAGGAGUUUGGGUGAAUUGCACAUUGUAGAGCUGGUCUGUUGUGUAUGAGUUUCCUGUUUUUGACUAUCUGUGAUGAAUAACAACAAACUACAGUGAAAGAGUGU